GGUCAACCUAUGAUCGUACUUCAAAAGUAGAAGUUUCUCGUUCCGAGGUGAGUGAGAUCCUUACUGUGGCAAGGGACACUGCCAUAUUAGGGAAGUUUGUGACUGAGUUUCAGCGUGGAGGUGCCCAAACGGCAUCACGACAUAUGCAUGCGCGGUUGGCAAAAUUUUCAAAGGAACAAUUGGAGCUGUUGAUUGUCGAGAUGUGCUUACAAAUGGCAGAACAAGCUGAAGCGGGACAAGCUGAAGAGGUUUUCAAACGUUUGCCUAUGUGGAGUGGGGAUGGAGCUAUGGUAGAGGGGGAAAGUCGUGGACAAAUAAGUGGACAAGUGAGGCCUUCGAGUUCCGAACGAAGACGUUCUUCUAAGAGCAAGAAUGAACUACGACAGAGACGCUUAUCGCAGUUGGGGCAAUUUGAUGCUCCUGGAGGAGGGGGUGCACCGGAUCUGCAAAACAAGAUGAAGAGCAAUGCAGUUGAUGCAGGUGUUGUGGCAGGACGCAAUAGAAGGACGAUGUCGGACGAAGCACUCUCAGAACAAGUCCCAGAUCAAGGUAAGAACCCCUAUAAAGUUGCUAGCAGUUUCCAAGUACAAGAACUGGGUUCUCCACCUCCACGACCCCCAAGUAGGUCGAACAACUCUUCUAUCAAUGGAGGUAAUAGACGAGCUCCAGAAGGUGAGAGACCUUUUGCUGACGAGGAGACGUACGAGAAUGCUAUUGAAUUUAAUGAAUUUCUAGAAGACAUUGGAGACGAACGAGGAGCUGUCGACUUGCUACAGGAAAAGCUGGAAAUGCAAGCGGUUCAAGUGAAGCAGCUCUUUCGUCACAUACAACGACUCCAAACCCAGAUUGAAGACGUUGAAAGAGAAAACGAAGCCCUAAGAGAAGAGCGGGCACAACUAUUGGAACGUACUAUUUGGUUUAUUUCUUUUUGAAUGACUACACGGAAAGAACGUCGUGUACAGCUGUUACCACGCACUCCUUCCCAGUAGCUCUAGCAUCCAUCUUCUUGAUAGAUUUCCAUCGGAGUAAUUUCCAUCUCACAACUUAUUCAGUGGCGCAUCCUCUACAACGCCUCUUCAACAACCUUACAAACAUCUCAAUCGAUCUACUAUUUCAAAACCCAAUAUCCUCCAGUUGUCUCUUCGUUGCGCCUAGAGGAGGAUGCAGAGGUUAGCGUAGCGCGAGACGAACUGGAAACAUUUGCUGAGGAUAUGCGCAAGCUCCGAAGAUCUCUUUCUCAAGCGCUGAGCCAUCCUCAGGAGUGAAGAUUCCAGGGAAUUUCUUGGGUGGAAUUGCAAGGAAUUUCUUAGGUGGAAUUCUAAGCAUUUUCUUUGGUAUUAAUUUCAUCAAAGAAACUGUAUA